UGCUGGGCUUACUGGGCCGUCAAGACAGAGCAGUCAGGGACAGGGCCCUGCCCGGGCUACAGAGGAGCCAGGAGCCAUGAGGGUGGCAGUGGGUCUCCUCUGGCUCCUGGCCCUCAGAGGGCCCCCCCAGGCCGGGAGCACCUGCCCCUCUCAGUGCAGCUGCAGUCUCCAUGUCCUGGGUGAUGGCAGCAAAGCCAGGACUGUGGUGUGCAACGACCCUGACAUGACGCUGCCCCCUGCGUCUGUCCCUCCGGACACCUCCAGACUGCGCCUGGAGCGGACCGCCAUUCGCAGGGUGCCCGGAGAGUCCUUCAAGGUGCUGACUCGCCUGGAGCAGCUGUGGCUGCCCUACAACGCUCUCUGCGAGCUCAGCGCCCUGAUGCUGAAGGGCUUGCGCCGCCUGCGAGAGCUGCGCAUGCCCGGGAACCGCCUGGCCACCUUCCCCUGGGCAGCGCUCAGGGACGCCCCCCAGCUGCGGCUUCUGGAUCUGCAGGCCAACCGCCUUUCGGCUGUGCCGCCGGAGGCCGCGCGUUUCCUGGGGAAUCUGACUUUCCUUGACCUCUCCAGUAACCAGCUGUUGAGGCUCCCGCAGGAGCUGCUCACCACCUGGGCUCACCUGCAGAAGGGGCCCUUCCUUCCCGGCCACCACGCCAGGCUGGUCCUAGGGCUUCAGGACAACCCCUGGGUGUGUGACUGCCGACUCUAUGACCUGGUCAGUUUCCUGGAAGGCUGGGCCCCAAAUCUGGCUUUCAUAGAAGCCAGGCUGAAGUGUGCCAGCCCACGCAGCCUGGCCGGAGUGGCCUUCAGCCAGCUGGAACUGAGGAAGUGCCAGAGUCCUGAGCUCCGUCCGGGGGUGGCCAGCAUCAAGUCCCCUUUGGGCACCGCAGUGUUGCUACGUUGUGGGGCCACUGGGGUCCCUGGGCCUGAGAUGAGCUGGACUAGGGCCAAUGGGCACCCAGUCAACGGCACAGUUCACCAGGAGGUCUCCAGUGACGGCACAAGCUGGACUCUGCUGGGCCUGCCUGCCGUGUCUCACCUGGACUCCGGAGACUACAUCUGCCAGGCCAAGAACUUCCUGGGAACCUCUGAGACUCUUAUCUCCUUGGUGGUCACUGAGCCCCAGACAUCCACGGAGCAUAGCAGGAGCCCAGGGGUGCUGUGGGCGAGGCCGAUUGAGGGGGCGGAAGCUGCCGCAUAUAACAAGAUGGUGGCCAGGCAUGUCCCCCACAUCCCUGAGCUUGUCCCAGCCACCAGGCCCCCUGUGCCCAACACGAAGGAGCAACUGACCCUCCAGCAUCUCCAGUUGGGGGCCCCAGGAGACCACUUGGAUGUGCAGGCUGGACCCCAGGAGGCCCUCAUGGUGAGAUCUCUCAAGGUGGUGGGGGACACCUAUCAGAGCGUGACCUUGGUGUGGAAGGCCCCCCAGGUUGGGAACACAACUACUUUCAGUGUCCUCUACACAGUCUUUGGGCAGCGUGACAUGCAGCGGGUGGUUGUGCAGCCUGGGAAGACCACUGUCACCAUCCGUGGGCUGGUGCCCAAGAUCAAGUAUGUGGCAUGUGUCUGCGUGCAGGGCUUGGUGCCCCGGAAGGAGCAGUGCAUCAUCUUCUCCACAGACGAGGUGGCGGAUGCUGAGGCCACUCAGCGGCUCAUCAACGUGGUGGUGAUCAGCGUGGCCGCUGUCAUCGCCCUGCCUCUCACACUGCUAGUCUGCUGCAGUGCUCUCCGGAGGCGCUGGCACAAGUGCCGCACCAGUGGCUCCACUGAGGCCACAGGUGCCUACGUCAACCUGGAGAGGCUGGGCCACAGUGAGGACGGCUCCGAGGAACUGUCCCAGCACAGCCUCAGCGAGGCUGACAGGCUCCUCUCCGCCCGUUCCAGCCUAGACUCUCAGGCUUUGGGGGUCAGAGGGGGUAGACGGAUCAACGAGUACUUCUGCUGAGGGCUGUGCUCCCCCUACGCACACAGAUGCCUAAACCUGCUCCCCCUCUUCCGCUCCCACAGCUCACUGACACCCGAGUCCAUGUUCACCCACUCUUACCCAGUUGGGUACAUGCUUACUCACAUAUUUAUACACAACAGCUAAUGCUUAUAUAAGCACUUACUAUGUGCCAGGAAGUAUUUUAAGUGCUUUAUAUACAUUAACUCAUUUAAUUCUCAUGACAACUCUUUGUAGCAGGCACCAGUCUUCUCCCCUCUUACCUGGAUAGGGAACAGGGGGAGUAAGUAACUUGCCUGAAUCAGUCAGUUUUUGCUGUGUAACAAAGGCAAAAAUCACAGUGGUAUGUAGCAACAACUGCUUAUUUUCACAUAACCCACAGGUGAGUGGGUUGACUGGGGUGGCUCUGCUCCAUGUGUCCUAUUUGGGCCCAGGAUGGAGAGUCAGUGGCUUCCUGGGGCAGGCUUCCUUCAUGGAUGUGUCAGAUGUUAUCAGAGAAAUGAGUAAAAACAUGCAAUGCCUCUUAAGCUCUUAAUGCUGCCAUUUCUGCCCAUACUCUACCUGCCAAAGCAAGUCUCAUGGCCAAAACUAAAUUUUAACAGGGCAGGAAAGGACUGUUCUCCCAUGGAGGUGAUGGUGAGGCAGGAUAUAUUUUGCUAUGCAGUGAUCUACCCUUUAUUGCCCACAAGUACAUAGCUAAGAAUUGGCGGAUCUAGAAUUUGGACCACACAUUUGGUUCCAGAACUGAUUAGUCCUUACUACCUUCCUAUAUUGUGUCUUUUUUUUUCUUGGCCACACC